AUUAUCAUUAUAUCCAAUAAAUUUUGUGCUUCCAUCAGUUUUUUAUUUGUGUUUAUCAAAUCUCCCUUCUCUUUCAUGGAGAAGACUCCAUCACAAGAGCCAGCAUUCCAGCACGGAUCUCUGAGCAUGGCUCCAACAAACAAGAACUACGAAGCACUUGAAAUCGAAUCCAUCAACAACAUUGAAGAAGAAGAAGAAACGGAAUUAGAAAUGGGCAACAAGAAAACACAAGAAGAAUUGCAUGCAACAACAGAUCAAAAAUCCAUAAGAAAUAAGAGGUACAUGUCCCUUCUGGUUCUGAAUUAUUUUCUCCUCUUUGUGGGUUCGGUCUCUUCAAGCAUGCUUUCAAAGUAUUAUUUCACCCACAAAGGUUCAAGCAAAUGGGUUUCAACUUGGGUUCAGUGUACGGGAUUUCCUCUCUUACUCAUCCCCAUUUUUCUCCCAUAUUCUCUCCUCAAAUCCACCAUCCGAAAACCCUUUACCGAUUUCAACAAAAAGAUUCUAACUUUAUCGAUCUUUGUUGGAAUCAUGCUGGGAAUCAAUAAUCUUCUUUUUUCAUGGGGGGUUUCGUAUCUUCCAGUUUCAACCUCGUCGCUUCUUCUUUCUUCUCAACUUGGUUUUAAUCUCAUUCUCUCUGUCAUCAUUGUAAAGCAAAAGAUAACCUUUUCGAAUCUCAACACCGUGAUUCUCAUCACGCUGAGCUCCAUCAUUCUCGCAUUGAAUUCAAGCAAAGAAAGACCCAAAGGUGUAACGGAAAAGCAGUAUUUCAUCGGAUUCUUUUGCACCAUUAGUGCAGGUUUGUUGUUUGCUUUGUACCUUCCCAUUGUAGAGAAGAUCUACAAAAAGGUUUAUUGCUACGAGAUGGUGAUGGAGAUGCAGCUGGUCAUGGAGAUGACGGCGACGGCGCUGGCCACCGUGGGAAUGGCGUUCGACGGCGGAUUCUCGGAGAUGAAGAGAGAAGGG